ACCGCUCUCCCUCGUCGCUCCCCUCCCCUCACCCCGCGUCAGAAGCGGUUGCGAAGCAUGGCGCUCCGUCGUCGUGUGUCUCGCGCGCGACCCGCUUUUCCACACCUUUGACAGCCGGCAUGUGUCAAACGACCGGUAAUUAACAUCACCGAACAUCGCCGGUUUCGAUCGUGGACUCGAUUCCUCCGAUAGCCGUAACAGGACAGAUUUUGGCUUACAGAAUUGACAUUGGGACGAUUAUAAAAUGCUGCCACUUUCGCACAGUCCACGUGAUUCACGCUCCAACUUCCGCAGUAGAGUGAAAGAGAAGCUGUUGGGUUGGAAACGCCUCAUCUUUUCCGAUCAGAAUACCCGGAACUUAUUCCUGUUUCUGAUCCUCAACUUGUCUUUCGCCUUCGUCGAACUGUUCUAUGGAAUAUGGACCAAUAGUCUUGGCCUCAUCUCCGACAGUUUUCACAUGUUCUUCGACUGUACUGGUUUGUUAUUUGGUUUAGCUGCAUCCGUCAUUACAAAAUGGAGAGCAAACGAGAGAUAUUCGUAUGGUUAUGUAAGAGCAGAGGUAUUAGGCGGCUUUGUAAAUGCCUUACUCCUAUUAUUCAUAGCCUUGUUUAUUAUGUCUGAGGCGGUGGAGAGGGCGAUUGAACCGCCAGAAAUCAAACAUGAGAGACUAUUCGUGGUUUCUGUCUUGGGACUCAUAGUGAAUUUAGUAGGAAUAUAUGCAUUUAAGCAUGGACACGGCCAUGGACACGGACAUAGUCACAGCCAUAGUCAUAGUCAUGGUGGAAAGGGACAUCAUGGUCACGCCCAUGACAAUUCUUAUUCUGUCCUGAAUCACAAUUAUGAUCAUCAUGUUGAAGUCGACAUGUCAUUCAGUGGAACAAAUUCGCAAAUUAUGAAAGGAGUGUUCUUGCAUAUACUUGCGGAUACUCUCGGAUCUGUGGGCGUAAUUAUAUCGGCGGUGCUAAUGCAAAUGUUCGGUUGGAUGAUUGCCGAUCCAAUUUGUUCCAUGCUCAUAGCAGUAUUGAUAGUGUUAAGUGUAAUCUCGCUGAUGAAAGAAUCAUGGGAAAUACUCAUGCAGAGACAGCCAGCAGCUCUAGAUCACAUUCUACCCCAGUGUUACAACAAAGUGACACAGAUACCUGGCGUUUAUACUGUACAGGAACCACACUUCUGGACAUUGUGCUCGGAUGUAUAUGUCGGAUGCCUGAAAUUGGAAGUAGCCAGAGCAGUGGAUCCUAAAUCCGUCGUGACAACGACUCAAAAGAUUUUCCAAGCGGCGGGCGUGAGACAGCUCACGAUUCAGUUAGAUUACGCUCCCAUGUGAUCCACGAAAAGCACGUGCGUUGUGAAAUAUUCUUACAAGUGUCCCAGAAGUGUAUUUAUCUACGGACUUUGCCGCAAGGAAACGAGAAACACGAUAGUGCCACAAAUUGUCUUCGCCGCGUCAAAAGUCGAUGAUUGUACACUUUUGAAUGGUAAUCCAUCUCAUCUUGAACUACAAAUCGUUUAAGAAUUGUAUAUGCCUUAUAGAAAAAUUCUGCUAAUACAAUACUGAUUGAAGAAUAAUUUCUAAAAGAAUAUACAACUAAAUCAAAUCUCUAGUUUAGUCAUUUUUAAAAUGGAAACAGAGAACAAAUGUAUUUCUCAUCAUCGUCAGAUAUGUGAGACAUUAAAAACACCAGUCAGUUAUAUCUCUCCUAUUCCAAAAUCUCUGUGAAAAAUAUUGCUAUUUAACUUUAUACAAAUACCUCACUGUUAUUAGAGUGAAGGUUUAUCUCUCUAUUUGUAUGAACUUUUACUUGUAACUAUUCGUCUAAGCAUUUCAGAUUCAAGUUUAAUUUAGCUCUAUUAUAAUGUAAGAGUAGCAUUGCUUAGAUUUUUUAUUUUUGCAAUGAUAUUUUAAGGUAUGUCUAGCAUAUUUUUGACAAGACCUCCAAGACAAUGUGAACGAAAGUGUGCUAAAUAUUACAUAAUUUUUGCCUAUUGAUUUAUUGUUUAUAUAGGAUUAAAUUAUUGUAAACUUGUAAUGAGAAUAAUGCAAAUGACCAUAGAAAUUUGAGAAUAGCUGUAGAAAGCUAGUCAUAUCUGUGCAAGCAACAAUGGAAAGUACAUACAAUAAAUAACAUAAUGGAAAGAA